AUGGCCUCAUCUACCUCCUUUGUCAUUCCAACCGUCUCAAAUGGACCUACAGACUCUAACAAUAAUAGCAAUUGGAAGUCUUUAAAAGAUGCAGCUAACCACCUUCCUCCACGGCCCCGGCGGCCCAAUUAUAAACAUCUCCACCGUUUUCCUCUUCCCCUCCACGUCCACCCCUUACCUCCACUAAUUCCCCACAAUCCCCUCUCUCUAAUUAGCAUAGCCCUAUCGUAUCUCACAUACUUUAUUUCUCCUCCUCACCAGCACAUCUAUUGCGCGUACUUUGACUCGACAACGUCUUCAGUCCAUGUCACUGACGCGAAAGCGAUACGUGCAUUGUGGGAGAUGGGCUUCUUUGGGAAAGGCAGCUUGAGUAGGAGUGAGCCAAGUUGGUUAGAUCGAGAGAAAAAUAGAAGGGGAUUGACGGGUGAUGCGACAAGUGAGGAGGUGACAGGGAAAAGAAGAGUAGAGCGGCGGGAACGAAAACUUGAGAGAGCUAGAAAGGAAAAAGAGGCUAUUGCAGAGCAGCUGAAAGCAGAAGCGCAAUUACGGAAUUAUCGUGGUGAUGUUCGACCUAUUGAAUUUGAUAAAGCUUUGUCCACCUUAGAAAGCCCCGUCAAUGAUGCUGCUGUUGCUCACCCGAGUGAACAGCCUCAGGAGAAUCGAGACCAAGAGUCUAUAGUUCGAGCAACAAACUCAUCCAUCCCCAGGCAAUAUAUGGCCAAUGGAAAUUCUGGGAAUGAACGUUCAAAUACUGGCAAGACCGUACAUUUCUCGCCAGUAGUCGACCAAAUGAAAUAUGAUAAUGCACAACCUACGUUACCACAACUACCUGAGCAUCCAAUCCCUCAUACAAACAAACAAGAGCCCACCCAAAUACUCAAUCAAGAGCAUCUCCAACUGUCGAACGAAGAAGCCUUCUUCCUCGUCUUCUGUCUAGGUGUACUACAAGUGUAUGACAAUGACCGCACAUCGAUCCUUCCCGCAACCUCACUCUUAUCUCUCUUCCGCCGACAUUCCUAUUUUCCCCCACGAGAGCCAUCUGUUCCCGAAAAACCAGAUGAUCCGUUUCUGCUAUCUUAUGUCGUAUACCAUCAUUUUCGUUCGCUUGGGUGGGUAAUCCGCUCCGGUGUAAAAUUCGGCGUUGAUUACCUUCUCUACAACCGCGGGCCGGUAUUCUCACAUGCCGAGUUUGCAGUUUGUCUGCUUCCUGCUUACUCCGAUCCUUACUGGACAGCAACUGCAGAAAAGAGACAGAAGACUGCGAAGAAAGAGGGCCGAACCUGGUGGUGGCUUCACUGUGUGAACAGAGUCCAAGCCCAGGUCAAGAAGAGUUUGGUACUAUGUUAUGUAGAAAUCCCGCCUCCCCCUCCCAAGCCACAACCUACCGGUGCCAAUGGGGAAAAUGAUGAAUUGGAUAUUGGUGCUCUGCUGAAAACGUACAAGCUAUAUGAGUUUAUUCCGCAAUUUCCAAGGUUAAAUUGUUUUAAGAUGCCCUUCCUUAAUCGCCAUAUACAAAUGAUAUCAUCGACGGAAACCAACAUACACAGAAUUGAGCAAUGCUUGUAUUUCUACGACGUAAUUCAAAUCGGCCCUCAGGAGGUAACUUUUCAACUUGACCAGGAGCGGCCAAAGCAGGACGUGUCUCGAAACUUACAAUUACGAGAUAUUGGUCGUUUUCUCGGGACUCAAGCCCAUGCCAUUGCGUCUUUGAAUACCACUACGAAGCUGCCAUUGCAGCCUGACGCUGGGCAUAGCUCAGUUCCAGAGUCACCCUUUCCCAAAAUGGCGGCUGCAACAGGUAGUUUACCGGGCGAUACGCAGCCAAUCUCUCAAUCAGUCUUUGAGAGUUUCAUGAGCAAGGCGAGAGCAAACCAAGGACGUCCGAAAGACCAGGAGGGUAACGAAGACGGUAAUGUAAUGGCAAAGGAUGCGACUCUACAUGAGGGGGAUACAGGCCAUCUAGAUUUACUAGCUGCUUUUGGCGAAACUCCUGUUGCAAAUCGUGAGUUCGCCGACGAGGAUGGACAGCUAGAGGACCUUGACAUGGUUGGUGGAGCCUCAUCUCCAACCCAGUACCAGCUUUUCCCCGAAUCCCAACGCUUCAUUAGCAUGACCCCUGCGACACCAAAUCGUGAACACUCACAGCCCGAGGUCUCAGCUACACCAAUACUUCCACGUUAUGCCUUCAGCAGCGAAUGUCACAACGGUAGCACUGUAAUGGCAUUAUCCCAAGUGUUCAAUGCAACCCAAAAUCCCUCGUCGCCCUAUACUAAUGGACCUCCACUUUCGUCGGAUAUGCCAUCACCAAAUAUCCCUAUUGAGACCCGACUGACUGGCACGACCACAGUGUUCUCACCCCCCCUUCCAUCCUCAGUUGCUCGGCCGAAACAUUUAGAACCUCAAGCAAACUACGUUUCGAUGAAGGAGUCGCAGGCUGUGCGGGAUAUGCUGGCACGUUUGCACUCGGAUGAAAAUCGUUCUAGCGAUGACGAUUUUGGGGGGGACGAUCGCUACGUCCAGAGACAUGUAAGGGAAAAAUACACGGAAGAGGAAGUGAGAAAGCACUUUGCCAGUGUGACCGCCCCCGCUAGGUGCGGCUCAAAAGGUCGUGGAAAAAGGACUGCAAUAGAUCAAUCCUCCCCGAUCCAAGCAGAAUCUCGAAACGGCUGUCCUCCCGGUACUGUUACUUUAAAAGUGACGGAGAUUGGGGCUAUUGAAAGAAAUGAAAGAAACAAUGCUGGAAGCAGUGAAGAAGAAACCGAGCAGGAGGAUGAAGUUGAGGCCUCGCAGAGCCGACGGAUUCAGCACUCCCGAAUUUCAGGAGAAGAUGAUAAGGAAAAUGUUGACAUUGGGGCCGUUCGUGUUCCUGACACUACUACCUAUGCUCAUGACGCUCUCUCUCAGGCCCUUGAAUUAGAGCAUUCAGGCCAUCGAAACUUAAUUAGCGAAGUUUCAGGACAUAUCGACGGCAGUCAGGAACCAGCGAAUCGACCUCAAAGCACUCAGAACAAAAGCGAAGACAACACACCUACUGGCUCUCAAAUCGUUAAUAUCGCCAAUUCUCAACCUUUCAGUAAUCCUAGUCAAAAGAGACGCAAAGGCAGACCCAGGAAGGUAACUCCGCGUUUGGCACAAUCUCCUACCGAGGAAUGUAUACUAUCAUCACCUGUUUCCGGUCUACUUAACUACCCUAAUCCACAUGCUCUCAGCCGUGGUUCAAAGAGGCCUGGAAGCAGAUCUCGAUAUAGGAGGGUAGAAACGCACUUGGAUCAAUCCCCGGAAGAAGAAAAUGUGCAUUCGUCACCAGUAAUUGCCCUGCAAGAACAGAGCAGCCUUGUUGAACAACAACCGUCUCGCGAGGGACAUCGUUCGUCGAAAUCGGUUUCUGGAACCCAACAUGACCUUGGAGACGCAAAAUUUAUGGAAACGUCUCACAAAAUGCCCCAUCAAUAUGGUCGGCAUGACGACCAUGCUCCGAAUGUGGAGUCACCAAAUUAUCAGAAGACAUAUAUGGAGACUGAAGUUAAAAUAUCAGAUCCGAAUCCUUCAUCUGAAGAAAUAGGCGCGGCGAAAGCCUCUUCCAUACCUUCUCGUGUUUUAGAAACACCGACCCAGGAUAAGCAACCGUCAAAAACAUAUCGUCAGAUUAUACCGGAAACAUCUCCACCUAGUCACUUCUCAAAAUCCGUCCCAACAUUUAACAAUAACUCUUCAAGAUCUCCCACUCAUGAUGAUGAUCAGCUUCCUGUUCUCCCCAAGUUUUCCCGCCCUCAAAUUGGACGCCUUGGAGUUCCUGGGUUGCACACUAGGGAUGGCCCACACCGCACCGUCUCGGCUGUACUUUCUAGCCCUAGUGGCCGCCAGCGUCGUAGCAUGACUGAAAUUGCUGCGGAACAGUCGCCCUGCCGCUCACUGCCUGAUUUUUUGCCAGACUUUGGACUUAUUACUGCGGAGGACAGAGAAUUCGCAUCUAUAAUUCGAGAAACAGAACUUCCUGCUCAAAAAAGGAGGAGAGGAAAUGAUGGAAGAAUCACCGGCUCGUCGAAUCUGUUUGAUCGGAACCAAAGGUUUAUCCCUGGUGAGCCACGCGUCGUUCCGCAGCCUGCAGUAGAGAAGAGCGAGCCCGCGAAUAAGGUUUCGGAGCCUGCUAUCCCAGUACCAGUACCUCCUAUGCAUAUGGACGCUGUCGUUAUCCGGCAAAACCCGCGGGCGCAUGUCAGGGGAACUGCAGGUCUCUGGGAGGUGGAAUGCUCUCCCGUUCAACUAGUGGAGCAGGCUAGAAGGGCACGCCAACCCCGUCUCAGCCAACCGUUAGAGCGUGCCGUUUCUAAAACGCGAACUUCUCGGCAGCUUAGAAAUAGUAUUGCUGGGCCAAUUGAGGCAUGCAAGUCAACAAGCCUGUCGCCAACAUCAACGGAGCUGAUUGACAGAGCGGAUAGCCCUGACCCAAUUCAGGGUGAGAAGACUCAUAUACACUCGAAACAAGGAUGCGCUUCACCAUCGUUGAAUAAUCCUGGAUUGGAAAAUAAAGUAUUUGCCUUUUUCAAUGGCCGACCACAGGGGUAUUUCCCAGCAACCUGUGUUGGAAUCUCACACCCUGUUGGCGGUACUCGAUACCUUGUAAGAUUCGAAGACUCAAUCAAACCUGACGAGGUGAAUGCGGACGCAGUUAAGAGGUUGGAGUUGAGAAUAAACGAUAUAGUCAAGGUGGACUUACCUCAGGUCCCAAAGAUUCCGCAUAUAGUUGUGGGCUUCCGAAAGCUGAAUGAGGUCACUUCCUUCCAUGAUAGCGAGGUGACCCUCAGUUCGACCAUGACUGAUGUUCAUGGGCACCACUUCGUCGUCCUUAGGCCCAAGAGCUCGGAUGGCUCUUUCCGCCAUGGGCUUGAUAUCACUGUUCCGAUCUCUAACGUUUACCUUGACAGGAUUCUGUGGACUAGAUUGGAAAACCGGCAAUAUUCGCACUCACCGCAACUUGUCAGCACCUCUUCAUCGGAACUACGAACAGCGUUGAACCCGCGCCCCAGUUCUGUUCAUUCUGCUUCACGGACUGACAAUCUCCUCCCAUCGGUUUCUGGCUUAUUUUCCGGAAUGGCUUUCGCUGCGUCAUACAAUGAUGACGAAGAGAGAAGGCUGCGCAUUGAAGAACUCAUUACUCAAAACGGCGGAAGGAUCCUGAAGGAUGGUUUCACUGAGUUAUUUAACCAACCAUCCAAAUCUCCUUCUACGUCGUUCGAAAAUAACUCUGUUGUCACAAUUUCAACAGAUCAUAGCAACGAAUUACUAUCUUUGCAUCCUACAGCCGAGAAUACCGGUUUCGUUUGCCUCCUAACAAACGAACAUACCCGUCGCGUGAAAUAUAUGCAAGCCCUUGCCCUCAACAUUCCCUGUCUAUCAGGACGCUGGGUCCAUGAUUGCGUCGCCAAAGACCAAAUCGUGGACUGGGAACCUUACCUCCUGCCUGCGGGCGAAUCUGCUUUCCUUAAUGGCGCAAUCCGAUCGCGAGCCAUCUCCCCAAACCCAGCUCUAACAGCACGCCUACAAGACACUAUCGCUGCCCGGCCCAAAUUACUGGCUGGCCAAUCCGUGCUCCUCGUCAUGGAUCGCGGCAAAAUUGCUGAACAGCGCAAACCUUACAGUUUUCUUGCUUGUGCCCUUGGUCCCAGCAGAAUCGCUUUUGUACCAGACAUGAAUGCCGCAAUUAAGUUAUUGGCGCCACCUGGACGGGAAUCGCCGGCAUCAAGCGCUCAUUCAGAUGUCAGCUGGGAUUGGAUUUAUGUCGGUGAUGAGAAGGCGGGUGCGGCUGCUCGUGCACAACUUAUCAAGGCGGCGCAAUCCGUGGCAGUAAAGCAGACAUCCAGGAGCCGCUCGCGGGGCCGGCCGCCUAAGAAAGCCAAAAGUCGUAGUCGACCGACGGAAGGGGCGGCACGAGCUGCUGCUAUUUCUGCUGGUCUGACUUAUGGCGGUCUCGGUAUGAUUGGAGGUAGCGAUGUGACUGUUAAUGGAAAGGCAGUGAGAAUUUUGGAUAAUGAAUUUAUUUGCCAGAGUCUUAUUUUGGGGAAGUUGUUUGAGCCGUGA